UUCACCCCCGCAAGUUGAACCCCAAGUGAAAGUGGAUGCUUUCACAGAGCAGAGGAAACUCCAUGGCAACGCGACCCGUCCGGCUAAUGUUUGUCAAAACUUCCUAUAAUCACUUUUAGAAGCUGAAUAUGAAAGCCCCUGUCGUGCUUCUAUUUGUCGCACUGUGCUGCGCUUCCUGUGACAAUGUGCUGCAAGUGGAGCGCCAUAUUUCACACCAUCACAAUCACGAACAUAAUGCAAAUGCUUUUCUUGAUGCUGAGGAUAAAGAUGAGAUUAAGAUACUGAGUCCAUCUGAACAGAGGAAGAAAAUGGUGGAGAUAGCAAAGAGAAUUGACACUGACUCAGACAAAUAUUUGAUUCCAGAGGAAAUCACAUUAUGGAUACAGAAGGUGUACAGGAGGUAUGCAAUGGAUGAUGCACAAGAACGUUUCCCAGGCUUUGAUACAAACAGCGAUGGUCUGGUUUCUUGGGAUGAAUACAACAUGGUGAUGCAUGGGCACACUGUUGAAGUGGAUGAAAAUGCAGUUCUUGAGGACCCAGAAGAAGAAUCUCUCAGAUUUCUUCAUUUGAAGGAGAAAAGGCGAUUUGACUUUGCUGAUGUAGAUGGCAUACCUGGCUUGAACUUGACAGAAUUUCUUGCGUUUACACAUCCGUCUGAAGUGGAUCACAUGGCGGAUUUUGCAAUUGAAGAUGUGUUGAGUGAAUAUGACUUGGACAAAGAUGGAUUCAUCAGUCUGAGUGAAUUCAUUGGAGAUCUCAGAGCAAAUGAAGAUGAUGAGCCAUCUCAGUGGGAAAUUGAGGAGACAGUUAGGUUUAAAGACCUUUAUGACCAGGACAAGGACGGCAAACUAAACAGGGAUGAGCAGCUGCGGUGGGUUGCUCCAAACAGCUAUGGUUCAGCACGAGAAGAGGCUGUUCAUCUAAUCAAGGAAAUGGAUCAAGAUGGAGAUGAAAGGCUUUCAGAAGCAGAGAUUUUGAAGAACCAAGAUAUUUUCAUGAAUAGUGAAGUGACAGAUUAUGGUAGACAGCUCCAUGUGCCACAUGAUGAGUUAUAAUGUUUUUGUGAUCUCUGUAGAUAUAUUGCUAUUUUUUUACUUUGCUUUUCUUCUGAAAAAAUGGUCUUUUGUCUAGGAGUACUAGAAGUAGGAUCUUGCACUGAGUAGUCAUGUGUGGAAUGCUUUUCAGUUAAAGCAUGGAAUUAGUGCUGGAUGUACUUUGAAUUUUAAGAAGGUUGUAGAUGGUGUCUGUAUUUUAUAUACUCUAAAGUAAUUCUCCUCAGAAUCUUUUUCUGCACAUGAAAGAAAGGAUUUAGCAGUUGUCUUAAUUUCUUAUAAUUAUGUCAGUAAAGUUGCACCUAUUAGCGUGUGUAGCAUAAUUUACUUAUAUUAGUUUGGGACAUUUGUUCUUAAUGUAGUACUUAGUUACUAAUAACUAUGGCAAGCAUCAUGGUAUCCAGCUGCUUAAAACUGAAAAUAGUCCAUACUGACUUUUAUUGACACACAAUCUUAGAACAUCAAGGCUCUGCCAGUGUAACUUUAAAUGCCAAAAAGCCUAGAAAAAUCUGUUUCUAGGUAAAUAUUGCUACUUCAAGAGUAAUACUUUGUGAAUACUGUCUUUAAUACCUGAUUUUCUUUUAAUACUAAGGCACUUGUGGUUAAUUCAAAUUGGUGUGAAGAACUUUGCACAUAUUGCUGAUAGCACACACAAUGACCUACACAUAAAUAAAUAUAGAUUUUUAUAUAAAACUGCACUAACAUAUCUUGCAGUGCCAAAAGGCAGCAUAGAUUUGGUUCACUAACCACUGUUUUGAGGAAGUAGGUUUGAAAUAGGUGCCAAUACCCUUCUUUCAUAUUUCUUGUUUAUCACUACAUCUUCUAUAGUGCAGUAUGUACUCAGUGCAAGAUUGCCAUAUGUCUUAAAAAGUGUUCUGUCAAAAAAAUAAGUUCUUUAAAGGUCUUAAAAUUGUACGUUUUUUCUAGUUUUUUAGGACUCAAAAGCCACCGUGCACUAAAUGGAAACUGGUGUUGUGUGAGCCGCUCAUGGCCUAGCUGAGUGUUUGGCUUAAAAUUCAUGUUCAUCUUGAUGUAUGUUUGAUGAAGUCUGUAAACACUGAUAUAAAAAAAAGAGAUGUAUUUUCUUCAGUGACAUAUUUUGUUGUGUGUUAGUGUUUUGAUCUGGGGCCUGUCUAAUAAAGCAGGAUAUCUUUCUUAA